GGUUCGUGAGCUUGUUUAGCCUGCUGCGUGUUCGUCAGGUAUAUCUGAAUCACAAGCAAAUAUUUCAGUGACGAGCAGACAGGUUAAGAAACAAGUAGAACAAACGUUUUUGCACGAAAACCUUAAGGAAACGGGGUCAAGUCUAAUUGCUGUAUCAUCUUUGCUCAGGCAGAACUGGGGCACUUCUUUUAGGCUGACGCUGUAAAAGUGUGAGAUUGCAUAAGGUAUAUAGUGUAUACUCAAAACCACGUCGUAACAUCUUCAGUUUGGAAUACCUACGAUACGAGAACUGGACAGCUGGAAAAAAUGCUGGAUAUAUUCGCCGUCAGUCCCACAACUGUGUUAUUGUGUGUAGCUGUGCUAGCUGUGUUAUGGCUGCUAACACGGCGUCCCUCCGGGCUCCCUCCCGGGCCCCUUCGCCUCCCGUUUGUGGGGAAUGUCCUCUCCAUGGGAUCCGAUCCCCGGAUCACGUUUAAGAAACUCAGGCAACAAUACGGUGAUAUCUUCAGCGUGUACAUGUUUAACAAACCACUCAUCGUCCUCAACGGCUACAGCGCUCUGAGAGACGCAAUUGUCAAGAACGCCGACGUCUUUUCUGACAGACCACACUCAUUCCUGAAUGACUUCAUUUCAAAAGGGAAAGGAUUGGCUGCAACAUCUGGUGAGCUCUGGCGCGAACAAAGACGCUUCGCCCUCAACACUCUCAGAGAGUUUGGAGCUGGCAGGAACAUCAUGGAGGACAAAAUACAUGAAGAAAUCUCACAGUUUCUCGAGGCCUUCGAGACAGAACGGGGACAAGGGUUUGACUGCACACAUCUAGUGCAGAACGCAGUAUCCAAUGUCAUCUGCUCCACUAUUUUCGGCAAGCGAUUCGAAUAUACAGACCCUCGUUUUAUUACAUUUUUAAAAGCUAUAGACAAAAAUUUCGCCAACAUAGGUGCGGCUGGUGUGUUGAAUGUACUGCCUUUUUUGCGCUUUUUGCCAGGAGAUCUAUUCAAAUUUAAGAAGAUGAUGCGGAAUAUCGAUACUAUCAAAUCACAGCUUGUGGACCCGAUGAUAAAGGAGCACUUGCAGAAACACGACGAUGAUAAUGUUGAUGACUUUAUCCACGCCUACAUCAAGGAAAUGCGACUUCGUAAAGAAACGCAAGAGAACACGACCUUAGACCUGGAGAACCUGACCAUGGUGAUUACAGACCUCUUCCUGGCCGGCACAGAAACCACAACCACUACAAUUCGAUGGACACUGGCCUACUUUCUCCAUAACCCGGAUGUACAGGAAAAGUGUUUUCAAGAGAUCCAGGAAAACAUCGGCCAGAGCAGACGACCCUCCAUGCAGGACAAGACCAAGCUGCCGUACGUGGAGGCCACCAUCAUGGAAGUGCUGAGACGUGCUGAUAUCGGGCCUCUCUCACUCCCCCACACCGUUCCCCACGAUGUCCAGUUCAGAGGGUACACGUUCCCAAAGGGUGUCCUGGUCAUAUUGAUGCUUGAUUCGGUCCUACAAGACCCGGAUGUGUGGGGUGACCCAGACAACUUUCGACCUGACCGUUUCCUUGACGACACUGGCAAGAUCGUAAAGAAAGAAGAGUUCAUUCCCUUCUCUCUGGGUCGACGAGUCUGCCUGGGUGAGUCGAUGGCCCGGAUGGAGUUGUUCCUCUUCCUGACCACCAUGAUCCAGAGGUUCAAGUUCGUCCCUGUGGAUGGCCAGAUGCCCUCCUUGGAUGGAAUCAUGGGCUUAAGUCAUUCUCCAAGGUCAUUCCUCAUUAAAGCCAUUCCCAGAGUUUAAUCAUUUUAAAUGAAUGAUGGAGUAGCUGUUUGGACUGCAUUUAGCUACAAUUCAGAAUACUUUGCUUCCGGUGAAGCUCCAAACUAUUAGCUUGAUGAUAUAAAAAAUGAAAAUUAUAACAUCUGUAUUUUAGUUAAUCAGAUAAUAAUUUCUUUAGUGACUAAUGCAAGACAACGUCAAGUCCUUUGUGUUGGCCUGUUGUGUUCAUAACUUGCGAUGCAUUGCGAGUAAUAAUCUAAUGGCUGUAGAGGCUAGAGUACCUUAUGUUUGUCAGAAGAGACAACCAGUCUGGUGAUGGGGUGCUCAAGACCUGAGACUUGGCUGAUUGUAGCUCAUAUAUCCCGAUGCGAUUGGUCGUUGCUCAUGCUUUCACACACUUGCCUUGAUAGCACCUGCAGAAACGAUGACAAAGCAUUCAGAAACAUUGAAAUUUCUUGUCGUUGUUUCUUCGUAUGAUAAAUAGCAUGUAGUUUUGUCUGCGAAUGUGAUGUAAAUGUCAGCUGUCUGCUCUUUUGGUGUGCAGAUGACAAGUAACAUGUAGGCUUCUAUCAUUUUUCGUCAGUAGGUAUUCGGUAUCGAACAGUAUCACAGUUUAUCUCGUACAAUCAUAGGUGAAUUGAUUCCAUUGGCAUUAUAUUAGACCAAAUGGGUAGGUAACUGUACUUAUAACGCCUGAGUUGUGAACCAGUGCCCACGCGUGGACUGGUGCACACAUGUUUGACAAGACAUCUUGAAAGUCAUCAUGAAGUUUUAUUUGAGGUUCAAAUAAUAUAAAUUACUAUCUCGCUAAUGUAGCAUGGGUACUUCCAAAUUAUUUGGUUUCCGUUGUUACUGAUUUAGUAAAAUCCUCAGUCGUGUCUUUACAUGAUAGAAAGGUCGAUGCCCAUUUGUCAGAUACCCUAGUUAUUAGACUAGGGGAGUAGAGAUGGCUUGUCAAAAUCCGUAUAGAUGUAAUUAAUGAGCAUUGUUAAAACAACCUAAAGUUGUAAGUUCUCACUUCAGCUUCUUGCAAGAGUUUUCUAAAUGCUUUUACUAAAUUGUGCAUAUGUUGUCUGAAUUUGUCACAAACAUAUCCUAAUUGCAGAAAGUUAAAUAAGUUAGAUAAAUUCGAAAGCAGUAAAGUGUAGAUUAUCUAGACAUGACCAAUCUGCAUAUACCAUGUUAAGAUUUUGUAAAAGAAAACCGGCAGUGUUGAAUUAUGUUUGUACAUUUCUGUUGUUGACAUUAGUGAACUUAUUUAAUGUAACCAACGGCAGAUAGCAGGGGAUAUCUUAGUUUUACACUCAUGGAGUUUGUUUUAGUUACAACAAAAAAAUUCCACUCCAUCAUCUGUCUUUAUUAAUUCAUGUGUAGGCUUUACACUUUUUUCAUCAAACUUCAUAGAUGGAUAGUAAGAUUAAAAUAGUUUCGGCUAAUUGUAGAAGGCUUGCAGAAAAAAAGUAAAAGACUUGAAAUUAUGAAAAUUUGGCGCAAAAAGAAGUAUUCUGUAAUAUGUCUCCAAGAUAUUCACAUUUCUGAUGAAGAUAAAGACAUAUUUAGAAACGAAUGGGGACUGAAUUGCAUUAUAGCUCCCUUUACAACCAACUCUAGUGGAGUAGCUAUUUUAUUUAAUAACAACACUGAAAUUAAAAUUCAUAAAAGUUAUAUUGACAAUAAGGGGAAUUAUAUUAUAUCAGAUCUAACUAUUGAUGGGAUUAAAAUGACAUUGACAAACCUUUAUGGCCCAAAUAAAGAUGAUCCUUCGUUUUAUAUAAAAAUAUUUGAAUGAAUUGAAGAAUUGGGAAACGAAUCAAUGAUUUUAUGUGGUGAUUGGAACCUGGUAUUAAAUCCAUCUGUAGAUCUAGAAAACUAUAAACAUAUCAAUAACCCUAGUGCAAGAAAGAUUAUUACAGAGAACAUAGAUCAAAUUGAUUUAGUAGAUAUCUGGCGAGAACAAAACCCUGACAGCAGAAAAUUUACAUGGUGGAAAAGAAACCCAAAACAACAGGCUAGAUUAGGCUAUUUUCUUAUUUCACAGGAUUUGCAUAUCCUCUCACGUGAUACGGCUAUUAUGACAGGGUAUAGAUCUGACCACUCCCCAAUAACAUUUUCAUUUUCGAACGCUUUAAGUAACGAGAGGGGGAGGGGAUAUUGGAAAUUUAACACCUCACUAUUGCGAAAAGAAGAGUAUAGUAAGAUAGUCAAGGAGACUCUAAAAGAAACAUUACAUGAGUAUGCUGAUAGCAAAUAUACUGAAGAGGAAAUUGAUUCUCAUAUUGAAAAUUCAACAUUGCAACUAAAAAUUUCUAAUGUCUUUUUCUGGAAACUUUCUUAAUGAAGCUAAGUGGUAAAACUAUCUCUUUCUCUUCCUUUUUAAAGAAAGAUAAGAACAAGACACUAAAAGACUUGGAAGAAAAUAUUAGGGUUCUGGAAGAUAAAAUAAGAAAUGAUUUCCAAAAUGUAGAAUAUUUUCCGAUUUAUCAACAAUGAAAAAACACUUAGAAAAAUACCAUGAAGAGGGGGUAAAAGGAUCCAUAAUUAGCAAAAGAAUAACCUGGUAUGAAGAAGGAGAGAAACCUACAAGUUAUUUCUGCCACCUUGAAAAUAGACAUUAUACCACUAAACUAAUCAAUAGCAUUAAAACAGAAAUUGGUGAAAUUAUUACAGAUGGUAAAACAAUCUUAGAUGAAUUAAAGGAUUUUUAUUCUAAACUAUAUAAACAGACCUACACAAAUAAUAAUGUUAAUAAUAACCUGUUAGAAGAAAUCAACACACCAAAAAUUAAUGCAAAAGAAUAUCAUGACCUAGAAAAAGAUCUCUCAAAAGAGGAAAUUAAUUAUCUUUGAAAAAUAAUAAAAGUCCAGGAAUAGACUGUUACCCUAUUGAGUUCUUCAAAUUUUUCUGGAAUCAUUUAGGAGAAUGGAUGUUUAGAUUCAUACAGGAAACCUUUGAUGACAACGCAUUAUCAUGUACAAUGAACAGGGGAGUUAUCACCUGUCUUCCAAAACAAAACAAGGACAGAAAAUUUGUAAGAAACUGGCGCCCAAUCUCAUUACUAAAUGCUUUAUAUAAAAUAAUCAGCUCAUGUAUUGCUAAUAGAAUUAAAAAAAAACUUAAAUACAAUCAUACACCAUAACCAAACAGGAUUUAUUCCAGGUAGAGGUAUAACUGAAAACACUAGGAAGCUCUAUGAUAUUAUCUUUGAAACUAAAAGACUUAACAAACCUGGCCUACUCCUAUAAAUAGAUUUUGAAAAGGCUUUUGAUACAAAUUCUAAACCUUUUAUAAUACAAGUAAUGACAAAAUGUGGUUUUGGCCCGAAUAUCAUUAAAUGGGUAGGUAUUUUGACUUCUAAUACCACUGCAUCUGUUAUUCAAUAUGGACAUCUAUCAUCAUUUUUUAGGCUUGAGAGGGGAUGUAGACAAGGAGAUCCAAUUUCAUCCUAUUUAUUUAUUAUCGCUGUAGAAAUUCUAGGUAUUAUGAUAAGAACAAAUCCAGAUAUAAAAGGUAUAACACUUAACGAUAAGGAAAGUAAACUAGGUCAGUAUGCGGACGAUGCUCAAUUACUUCUA